GGAAUGAAACCAGCCCGGAGAGCUUCCUAUUGCACAAUGCACUGGCCAGGAAACCCAAACGGAUCCGUACAGCUUUCUCCCCGUCCCAAUUACUGAGACUGGAACAUGCCUUUGAGAAGAACCAUUAUGUAGUAGGAGCAGAGAGAAAACAGCUGGCCCACAGCCUCAGCCUCACGGAAACUCAG